AUGGAAGGUUUGCUUAGAGGGGUGCCAGGCACGGUACCAUAUUUCGAUGAUGUGCUGAUUGCAGGGGGGUCUGACCAGGAGCUCAUGGAACGGGUGAGAACAGUGUUUGAGCGUUUCAAGUCUGCUGGCCUCAAAGUAAAGCAGCCUAAGUGUCUUGUGGGAGUCCCAGGUGUGGAGUUUUUGGGAUUUCGGGUAGAUGAAAGUGGUGUCCACCCCACAGAGGACCAAGUGGCAGCAAUUAAGUAUGCCCCACGACCCCUCAACAAAAAAGAGCUCCAGUCCUUUUUAGGACUGUUAAAUUUCUACCAUGCUUUCUUGCUACACAAAGCGUCAGUGGCAGCUCCUUUACACGCGCUCCUCCACAAGGACGCAAAAUGGAGGUGGGGCUCGGAACACGAGCGGGCUUUCAAGGGAGUCAAAGCCCUAUUAUCGUUGAACGCUGUCCUCACGCACUAUGAUGAACAGAAACUGCUAGUGCUGGUGGCAGAUGCAUCUCCGUUCGGGGUGGGGGCAGUCCUCAGCCACUUAAUGCCGGAUGUAACCGACCACAAGCCACUGUUGGGGAUCUUUGCCCCAGACCGGCAAAUCCCCAACAUACUGUCUCCUCGGAUGUGGUGGGUGAUCUUCCUCACCACCUAUGAUUAUGACUUUGAGCACAGGCUGGGCAAGGCGAUCAGACACGUGGACGCCCUCAGUCGCUGCCCUCUACCCGGCCAAGACUUGGACCCUGCUCCAGCUAGCAUGGUGCUAGCUAUAGAUGAAUUGCCUCAGGCCCCAGUCUCCUCUAUGGACAUUGCUGCUGCGACAGCUAAAAACAGUGUACUUGCCCGUGUUUUAAACUGGCGGCAACAGCAACUCCUGCUGCUGCUUCAAAGGAUCAGAAGUGGAGUUGUCUCUCUGAUAUCUCUUACUAGGAGACACUCAGGAUCUGCAGCCAGUUCUACCAUGUCCAGCAAUAUCAUACCCAAUGCCAUCCAGGCUAACAAGGGCAAGAAACACAGCAUUAUCAUCAAUAUGAGCAUGAAGGACCAAAAUGUGGCGAAGAAGUUAAUGUCAUCAACAUCUUCAGCUAGGCGAAUGAGUUACACUAAUACUAUGCAAGCCAGCAGAGUGGGAACAUUGGCUCGAAGGAGCAUUCUAAUUUCAGAUGGGAAGAAUGUGGACAAGGGAUCAUUUGCAAGCAGCAAACAUUUUAUCCAGGUUUUUGAUGACCAAGGAAGAGAUGUGACACCUCGUCCCCUUUACCAUUCAGAAGCAAGUUCUGCCAUGCACAGACAAAGCAAAAUCUUAUCAGUACAUGAUUUUGCUGGGGUAACUCAAACAGACUUCUUAUCUUCCUUUUCUAUACAUCAAACAUCUGGAACCAAUAUUAGCUUGGCAGGACCAUUCUCCAGGACUUAUGGUAGUGUUAGUAUUACUAAGUCAACCACUUCUACUGAAUCACUGGCAGAAGAAAUAGUAGAACCUGGAUCUAGACGAGAAACAAUUAGUAGUUUAAUAGAUGUCCAAGUCAGGCGAGAGGAAGUGCAGGAACCACUGACAAAAGAAGAACUAGAAGAGGUUGUUGAUAUUUACCUCACAGAGACGGAAACCAUUUGGAUAUUUGACAUGCCAACUAUAAUGGUAUCUUCAGAAGCUGAAGAAGCCGACAAAGUGAGGCAACAGAAUGUAGCUUACAUGGAACUCUGUAAAAACAGAGCCGGCAAUGACCGCUAUACUGACAGGAUGAUGCAAACACUGAAUGGAGCACCAAAGGUCAAGGAGGUACAAUGUGACAAAAUCAUCAUGGCUGACAAAGAGAUAAUGGCCACCAACUGGGAUUUAUAUGAUUCCUUUAGUGUUUUGGAGGUAGCAGCUGUAGAAAAAACUAGCAGACCAGUAAGCAUAACUAGUGGUAAAUCAGCUGUGAAAGAACAGGAUAAAACCACAUCUUCAGCUUCUAAUGACAGAGCAAGCAUCACUUCGAGCUCUAUCAUCGAUCUUGAGAGUGUAAUUCUCUCCCAGAUACAUGAAGAGGAAGAGGACCGCUCAGAAGCUAUAAUGAAAUCUGAAAAAUUUCAUCAAGAUUUAUUUUAUAUGGAGAGAGUUCUAAUGGAGAAUAUUUUUCAGCCUAAACUUGCAGCUUAUCGGCAGCUUCCGGUCUUCCUAGAGCCAGAUGUCAAAUCUGCAAGUACUAUACUUGGAUCUGAUGAAGAAUUAGAAAAAGAGGAGGAAGAGGAGGAAAUGGCUGAAGAGAAGGAACCCUCAGUUUCUUCAUCUCUGUUACUAGAACUAGGUGAAGCAGUAAAAGAUAUCCCACCUCCCUUUCUGGAACCCUUGUGGUCUUAUGGAUGUUAUCUGACUAAAGGCAACAGUGUGAGUUGCAUGGCUUGGAACAAAUUGAACCCUGACCUUUUGGCUGUUGGUUAUGGGACAUUCCGUUUUAAAGAGCAGAAGACAGGCUUGGCUUGCUGCUGGUCACUGAAGAACCCAAUGUGGCCAGAGCGCAUCUAUAAGUGCAGUUAUGGGGUAACUGCCUUGGAUUUUUCUGUUGCUAACCCAAACCUCCUAGCAGUUGGGAUGUUCAAUGGGACAAUUGCAGUCUACAAUGUUCAGACCCAUCUUUCUACUUCAGUUUUAGAUACCAGUGAAUCUUUUGACAAACACUUAGGCCCAGUGUGGCAGCUGAAGUGGGUAGAGCAGGACAGGGGUACCACAGGAGAAGACAAAGGAGAGAUAUUAGUAUCCAUAUCAGCUGAUGGCAGAGUAACUAAAUGGUUUAUUCGAAAAGGUCUAGGCUGCACGGACCUAAUGAAACUAAAGCGAACAGCAAGUGAAAAGAGAAAAAUAGGAGCAGAAAAGAGAAGCGAAGCACUGAUAUCUCGACAAGCUCCUGGACUGUGCUUUGACUUCCAUCCAAUGGACACCAAUACGUACCUUGCUGGAACUGAAGAAGGCUAUAUUCACAAAUGCUCUUGCUCUUAUAAUGAGCAGUACCUGGAAACUUAUAGAGGACACAAAGGUCCAGUGUACAAGAUAGCAUGGAAUCCAUUCAGCACUGAAGUUUUUCUAAGUUGCUCUGCAGACUGGAGUAUUAUGUUGUGGCGCCAAGAUUCCCUUCGCCCCAUUUUAAGCUUAAGUUCCACAACCAACGUUAUUUAUGAUAUCAUGUGGUCUCCCAAUUCAGCAUUUGUGUUUGCAGCAGUGAAUGAAAUUAGAGUGGAAAUCUGGGAUCUUAGUGUCAGCUCACUGGAUCCCCUGAUCGUCAAUCCUGCCAUUGGAAAUUUGAAAUUCACAACUGUACUUUUUGCUAAGAAUGCGGACUGUGUUCUGAUUGGGGACAGUGAUGGAUUAGUUACUGUGUAUGCACUAAGAAAUAUGAUUGCCUCAGAUAGCAGGAAGGUGGAUGCUUUGCGUGAUAUCAUUGGUUCUAAUCUGAAUCAGUUCCUCUCCAUCUCCACAAGACAUCCAUUCAAUUGGCUGUUGAUGAUGCAGUCUUGGUAUGACAGGCAUAGACCAGCUCUAAUGAGCGAUCAAGACAGGCUUGCCUUACCUGUAUUGAAAAGCAGGCAGGCAAGACUUGUCAGUUCUGUGAAGGUAUUGAGUGCCAGGGAGCCGGUGUUGCAGCAGCCGGAAAAGGGCUACGUCCUCAACGAGGUAGAAGGGAUGGCCAUCCACAGUAAUCAUCAUGCCCAUGAGGUGAAGCAUGUGCGCCAAGCAGACGAUGCCUUUGAGAUGCGCAGCCUUCACCACUGCCAGCAUGUUGGCAUCAACAUUUGUGACCAUGUAGCCACAGUUGAUGUUGCCACCACCCACCUACUCCCUCAGGCUCCUCUGUAUCACGGCUGUGAUGUUUUGCGCCUUGUGGUCUGCAUCCAUCCCCUGCACAUGGAACAGAACCACUUUGUAGACCAAUAA